AUGCCUUACAAGAAAGCGAUAAUGAGUCAUCUUGAUGGCCUAGACGAACUGGCUAUCAAAAUGGGCGCCUGCAACAAUAUCUAUAUUGCUCAAGACGGGACUUUACGAGGAACCAACACAGACUGGCUUGGAGUCAGUGGAUGUCUCUUAGAUGGAAUAACGCCAAAGAAAAAUCGACCAGCAUUGGUGAUCGGUGCCGGAGGAGCAUCCAAAGCAGCGAUCCACGCCCUGGCCACUAUUCUGGAAUGCAAGGAAGUCUACAUAGUCAACCGAGACGACCGAGAAGUCUUGGAACUGGCCAGAGAGGUGAAGGCAAAGUAUGCCGAUUUGGAAAUUCUGCAUGUUGAGUCCCCGGAGCAAGCAAAAAGCCUUCCAUCGCCGUACUACAUUAUUGGGACCAUUCCAGAUAUUGAACCUAUAUCCACAAAGGAAAUCAUCGUCCAUCAAUCUCUGGAGGCCUUUCUGACGCAAGCGGCAUCUAAGGGUGUCUUGUUAGAUAUGUGCUACAAGCCUCGUCGGACGAGAAUGUUGAAGCUCGCAGAACGUUUUGGCUGGAGGACGAUAGAGGGAAUAUCAAUCAUCGGUCACCAACUCGAGGAGCAAUAUCGACUGUGGUGUGGGGAGGACGCAGUUAGGCGUCUGCCGAUAGCCGAAGCAUGGAGGGUGUUGUAUCAAGCUGCUGAGGGGAGCCGUGAAAUUAAUUUCUGA